AGAAGUAGAGCCUUCUUCUCCAGCAUCCAAACCUUCCACUGCGGCGAUGUUCAAACCUUUUCAAACUUCGCGUGCUAUAACCGGUCCUCUGUACCUUCAGAUUCGUUUACAUUCUACAACCAAUCAACCCAAGUUUGGUUUUGCUCUCGACAUUGACGGCGUGUUAAUUAAGGGCAAUCGUGUCAUACCACAAGCGCAACGCGCCCUGAGACUUCUGAAUGGAGAAAAUGCGUCUGGAAAAAAAAUCCCAUUUGUACUUCUCACCAAUGGAGGAGGCGUGACAGAGGAGAAAAAAGCAGCACAAAUGAGUCGAAAGCUUGACAUGGAUAUUCUUCCGUCUCAGAUUGUCCUAUCGCACUCACCUAUGCGCUCAUUAGUCAAGAAAUAUAAAGAUACACCCGUGCUUGUUGUCGGUGGACGCGAAAGAAGUUGCAAAGAUGUUGCAGAGCAGUACGGCUUUCAGCGACCCAUUCAGCCAGAUGAUAUCCAUCAUUGGGAGAAAAGUGUGUGGCCAUUUCGCCGCGUUACCGAUGACGAAGCUUACGAAGCACAGAAACGAUAUGACUUUUCAAGAGAACCAAUUGAAGCAAUCAUGAUGUUCCAUGAUUCACGCGAUUGGGGUCGCGAUCUGCAAAUUAUGAUGGAUGUCCUUCGAUCAAAAAAUGGAAUGAUUGGAACACAAAAGACAGAUUACUCUGUACAAGACACGCCAGUGUAUUUUUCCAACCCUGAUUUUCUUUGGAGCAAUGAGUUUCCAGUGCCACGAUAUGGUCAAGGAGCAUUCAAAACAGCGCUUGAAGCCAUUUACAAACGGCAUACAGGCAAGGAGCUCAAGUCCACUUCUUUCGGAAAACCGCAUCGAGCAACCUACGAAUACGCUGAGAAAAUCUUGACCUCUUUGCUUCCCAACAAUACUCCGCUACAGCGAGUGUUCGCAGUUGGCGAUAACCCUGCAGCCGACAUUGCUGGUGCCAAUGCGUAUGGCUGGACUAGUAUUUUGGUCAGAACAGGUGUUUUCGAUGGCAAAGGCAAUUCGAGCGAGUUUCCCGCUAAACUUGUCUGUGAUGAUAUUGAAGAGGCAGUACAUUGGGCACUUAACGAAGAAGGUUUAAAAUAGAUUAUUCGUUUAGAAAAGCAAUGUAGAUUUCGUUUUGUAGUUACUAUUUAGUAACUCAGUAUGCAACAAAUGGGAAAAAAGAAAGGGCAUUUACAUGUACAAGUGGUUGGCAAAGGUGAGGCUUGCCA